CGUUCAUUUAAACAACCUCCCCUUGCAGUCCAGUAAGUGCACACUGACACACACAGGAGGGAGAGGGUGUGUGUGCUUGAAGAAAAAAAUAGAGCGAGAAAGGGUAGGAGACGUGUUUCAAGAGGAAAAAAAGAGACUACGGGAGCGAGACAAAGAGCAAGACACAGCGCCAAUUGUUUGAGCAAUUUUGAUGAGCAGUUAAGGGCCUACGGGGAAGAUACUACAAGGACCGGAUCCCUGAAUGACAGGACGACCAAUUAGUCCACCUGUUCGAGAGUGGGGGGCUAAUGUUGGAAGAUUGAUCACUGGAUAUUUAGAGGACUGUACUUUGAACUUUUGAUCCACUGGACAACUUGGUGAUUGAAGAGAGCAAGCGAGGGGAACCAAGGUCUAUGAGGACGUACGCUGCUGCUUUGAGUAAGAACAGGAUCAACUAUCUUUAAAAUACUUUUAAAACACUACAAAACAUACUAUACCAGUGUUACAUGAUUUACAGAAAUUGUACUCUCGGUUCAUAGUAUAUACUUCUGCAGUCAAAUGGUUCAAAUGUCCUUCAGCAAAACAAGCUACCGUUCGAACUUCUACACAACAGUGUACAUGUGACUUGAUAUUCAGCACACCUCUGUAAUUACAAAGCACGCCGAGGGAAGAGUUGCCGACAUUUGUAAUUAAGGACCAUCUAUAAAAAGGCACCCAAGGAAAGGGUGAGGUCCGUGGCGGAAAAAGAGGAGAAAAAAAAGAGUUAAGCCACAAGGACGACCGAGACUGAGAACAGGACGCAGAGAUUCUCCCCGAGAACCAAAACAGCCAUGGAUUCCAAUGGAGGACACUACCUCAACAAGGAAGCUGUGCUGUCCCCUUUAGGUGCAACCCGAAUGUGCCAGCUCCUGCUCGGCUGCACCAUAAUGGCCCUCGUGUCCCACGGCGCGGACUACAGCGCCUCCUACGGGACCUUCUGCAUGUUUGUGUGGUGCUUCUGCUUUGCGGUCACACUGGUGGUGUUCGCCCUGGACAUCACGCGCCUCCACGCCUGCAUGCCCAUCUCCUGGGAUAACUUCACGGUGGCGUUUGCCAUGCUGGCAACCCUCAUGUACAUCACUGCCUCCGUGGUGUACCCCGUGUACUUCCUCCAAACGGAGUACACCGACGCGGACCUCGAGGUCCAGAUCUACCGCAUCGCCGUCACCGUCUGCUCCAGCGUCUGCUGCUUCCCGUACGGCGCCGAGGUGUUCCUGACUCGAGCCAAGCCCGGCGCGGUGGUGGGCUACAUGGCGACCGUGUCCGGGCUGCUAAAGGUGGUCCAGGGUUUUGUGGCCUGCAUUAUUUUCGGAGCCCUGGCCAACGACAGCGAGUACACCCUCCACAUUGCCACCCAGUACUGCGUGGUGGUGUACAGCCUGUGCUUCUCCGUCACCGUCGUAGUGGUCGCGCUGACCGUUUCGGGCCGGACCGCCGCCCUGCCGUUCCCCUUCGACCGGUUCGUGGUGGUCUACACCUUCUUCGCCGUGAUCCUCUACCUCAGCACUGCACUCGUCUGGCCCAUCUUCAGCUUCGACAAAAAGUACGGCACCACCACUCGUCCCGAGGACUGCCCACGAGGGCAAUGUCCCUGGGACAGUAAGCUCGUGGUGGCUGUGUUCACCAACGUCAACAUGAUCCUAUAUUUUGUCGACCUGAUUUACUCGCAGAGGAUUCGCUUUGUGUCCGGCUCCGCGGUCUGAACCCCUCGUCCCUUCGAGACUGUUUGGAUUCAAAGACAAACACUGAAACUCUCAGUCCACAUCCCGCUCUCAGUGGAGGAACGAUUCCCGUGGAUUCAAAACUUCAUGAAGUCGUCUAACCAUUUUGUCAGUGUUUUUGUAGAAUGUUGCCUUUUCUAAGCAGAAAAACUCAGUGUUACCCCAUUUUAUGAGCUUGAAAGGCCUUUUCCCGGUUCUACACUGACCUACCAGAGAGAGACUACAUCGACGAGCUGAUCUCAACAUCUUUGUCCACAGAGGAUCCUGGGAAAUACGUCCAUCUCAGCACCGAAUGCGCUGCAGAUUCCUUCGGAGGUGGCAUACAGGACUUCUCAACUUUGGGAGUGUGGGAUCAUGUGUGUAAUAUUAGAACUUAUGUCAGUCAGGGUACAGAGGCCGUACAAUGUAUUUAUGUAUUAAUCUAUGCAUUAAAACGUAUGUAAGUAAAGUAGAGUGAAUAUAUCUCAUGGUAUAUAUGGGGUGAAUAGUAUAUGUUAAGUCUACAGUAUGAACUAAACGUUGCUUUUGGUUUUGACUUUUUAGAUAUUUUUUAUUGUUUCACCUACACUAUGUCAUCACACAAGUUGUGUCAAAGAUUGAGCUUCAUUCAUCUUUUUCGGUCAUCCACUGAAUGUUAAAUACAUCUUAUAUGAUAUUUCAAGUAAAUUACAUUUUAUUUGGGAUAAGCACGGUCGUGUCGUGUCACCUUAUCUUCUGCUAUAUUUCUGAUGCGUUCCAUGUUUUAUAAAAAUGUAUCUAAUAAAUUACAAUAGUAUUACUGGUUGACUUUUUUUAUUUAUGUACUUUGCAUUCUGUAAUAAACAGUCUAACUUGAAUUGUGAACUAUAACUUUCAACUUUCAGAGGACAGAAGACUCCUCUAUUACAUACACAUCAUGCAUCUCAUCCGUGUAUUGGAAAAGAUUCAAAUGAAAAAUGAAAAUGUUAGUUAUGUUGAUUUAAGUACAUGAUUCAUAGCCUGGUUAAAUCAAAUCAACGUGGUGCUUCAAUAUAUGCACUAGGCUCAUUUAUGAA